UUUCAGAUCCGAGAGCUUGUUCCUGAGUCUCAGGCUUAUAUGGACCUGCUGGCGUUUGAGAGGAAGCUUGAUCAGACCAUCAUGCGCAAAAGACUUGAUAUUCAGGAAGCGCUCAAGAGACCCAUCAAGCAAAAAAGAAAACUACGGAUAUUUAUCUCCAACACCUUCAACCCUGCCAAACCAGAUGCAGAGGACGGCGAAGGAACCGUUGCAUCUUGGGAGCUGCGUGUGGAGGGACGACUUCUUGAAGACACUGCUGUGUCCAAGUAUGAAGCCACCAAGCAGAAGAGGAAGUUUUCUUCUUUUUUCAAGUCUUUAGUGAUUGAGUUGGACAAAGACUUGUAUGGACCUGACAAUCAUUUGGUGGAGUGGCACCGAACCGCCACAACUCAGGAGACGGAUGGAUUUCAAGUGAAGAGGCCGGGAGAUGUUGGUGUCCGUUGUACUGUACUGCUUAUGCUGGACUACCAGCCUCCUCAGUUUAAGUUGGACCCCAGACUUGCCCGGUUGCUGGGGAUCCACACUCAGACCCGACCCGUGAUUAUUCAGGCUCUGUGGCAGUACGUGAAGACCCAUAAACUCCAGGACCCUCAUGAACGAGAGUUCAUCAACUGUGAUAAAUACCUCCAGCAG